UGGCUGCUUUACGUAAGCCACUCCCCUACGUCGACACGUAUUGUUGCUCGCCGAUAAUAAAAGAUGGCGACCGGACCCGCGUAAAUUGGAGAUCCCAUAGAGGCCAGAAUCCUGCCAUAUGUUGUCAGCGACAUACUGGGACAAAUAAACGUGUUGACAAAGGAGGCACCAUGGCUUUUGAGGAAAUCAAGAAUAAAGGAGGAAUGGAUGUGGGGAUGGACGGAGACAGAGGACUUGUAGCUGGUCGUAGCCAGAGAGAGAAGAGGAGGUCGUACAAGGAUCUGUUAAGGGAGGAAGAAGAGAUUGCUGCUCAGGUUCGAAAGUCUUCUAAGAAACGGCCCAAAGAUUCAGAACUGUUCAUGCUUGGAGGGGACUCGCACAAAAAGAAGAAGAAACAUAGUGAUGACUACUAUUACAGAGACCACGAUGGUUCAGGUCCUCCUCCCCACAAGAAAAAGCACAAGUCUGCAGACCGCUCCCCUCCUCUCUCGUCCCCCUCUUCCUCCCACCGGACAGACACAGCGAUGGGCCUCCUGCAAGCCAUCACCUCUCCACUGGCCACAGGUUCAGACCCCAGCCCCCACUUGCACAAGAAACCCUCCUACCCACCCUUCUCCUCACACUCUUCCAAGGACCGCAAACGUGAGAGCAGCAGCGGCGGUGGAAGCAAAGGGAGCCACUCCUUCUCUCACUCCCGCCCCGCGCCUUCAUCAUCAUCUUCCUCCAAGAAGCACUCCUCCUCUUCCUCUAAGUCGUCUCUAUUCCACGGCGGAGCUCCCAAAGAGGAACCCUUGACGUUACGUGAGGCUGACGGGCUGAAGAUGAAGCUCAUCAUGUCCCCAGAGAAAGAGGAAGGAGAGAGCUUCCCGUUCACGCCCCACUCAUCCAAAGGGGGUGGGAAGAAAGACAAGGACAGAGACAGAAUGCAGCACUCAAAGACGCCCAAGAAGAAAGUACAGCAGAGUCGAGAUCCACUCCCUGUGGUGGGGAAAGAGGUGGAGGUAGAAGGUCAUUAUGGAGGUGGCCUGGGAGAUGAUAGCUCUUCGUCUGGGGCCGAGCUGGAGGCUGGUGAGCUGGUUAUAGAUGAUUCAUACACACACCUAACAAAAAAGAAGAAGAAGAGCAAAAAAAGCAAGAAGAAGAAGGACAAAGAAAAAGACAGAGACAAGGAUAAAAGUGGGAAGGACAAGAAACACAGCAAAGGAUUUGGAGACUCAUCGAGGGGCCACAGCCACUCCCAUCCCACCGUCACUCACAGCGCUGUCGGCCCAAUGUAUGCCAUGGGCACGCCCGUCCCUCCACACCACCAUCAAGGCAAUGAUGGGAUAACAGAGAAGAAGAAGAAGAAAGAGGAGAAAGAUCGGGAAAAGCACGAGAAGGACAAAGAUAAGCCCAAGAAGAAGAACACAACAGCAUAUCAGGUGUUUUGUAAGGAGUACAGAGUGAACAUAAAUGCAGAACAGCCAGGACUAGUCUUUGGUGAGCUAAGCAAAAGAUUGGCGGAGGUAUGGAAGGCGAUGCCAGAGAAAGACAAAUUGGUUUGGAGGCAGAAAGCUCAGUACCUGCAGCACAAACAGAACAAAGCUGAGGCCACCACAGUCAAGCACAAGAGUGCCACUGAGGGGAAAAGCAAAGUCAUAGGAACGGGAACAGGGAUGGUGUCCCCGAACAGAGCACCCGGCGCUAUGUCCCUGUCCCCAGCACGGGUCCCAGAUGUUGAUCCCAUUGAUGCAGCCGCUCACCUGCAGCUGCUGGGAGAGUCCCUGUCUCUGAUUGGGCAUCGGCUACAGGAAACAGAGGGGAUGGUGGCAGUGUCCGGGAGUCUGUCUGUACUUCUGGACUCCAUCUUGUGUGCGCUGGGACCGCUGACCUGUCUCACAGCACAGAUACCACAGUUAAACGGAUGUCCUCGAAUCGUCCUGUCGAAUACGUUGGACAACAUUGCCUACAUCAUGCCUGGGCUGUGAGGAGGAUAAUCAAAGUGAAGUGAUGCAUCAGAAAUCUACAGAUUUGACUGGAGGCGUCCUUUACAGGAGUGACUCUCGGACUUUAAUUUAAGCCACUCGCUUAGCAUCUGAAAAGUUGGAUAUUUCUACCGUCAACAUGUUUUUAAAGUGUAUUUUUUUAAAAACCUUGUUCUCUUAAUUUUUCUAAUUGUUAUUUUUAAAUGAAACAUUUUACUGAACAUGUUCAUCUUUCUUGGCAUGUCAGCUUAGUCGUAUUGUUACUGUACAGUGUGCUGUUAUAUGAAUGAGUGUGUGCAUUUGUUAAACUGUUCGGUGGGUUUGACUGUUGUGUGUUCUGUAUGUCUACAUAUUUGAUUUUUUUACUGAAAUGUACAGGAACGUGUGAGUCAUUUAGUCAUCAUCACCAUAAUAUAUUUGACAGCUGCUUAGAUAUUUUACCUUGUAAAAAGUGCUGUUUUAUACAUUUGAUAUUUUACUGUGCAUUUAGAUUUGACGGCUCUGUAGAAAUGUGAUAGGAAACACCUUUAGGUCCAACCUUGUGUUAAUCAGGAGCUGUUCAUCAAAUCACUGUCAGGCAUUUAACGAAAUGGCAACAUUAAAAUUGUUCCCUAAUUCAGCCUCUGCUUUUUUUGUGAUUAGCCGGGCCGGUUCACAACUUUAUUCCAGGCUGAAAUAUUUCAAUAACCUUCUGGAUGGAUUGCCGUGAACUUUUUCACAGACAUUGAUGGUCAGAGGAUGAAUUCUAAUGACUGGUGAUCCUCUACAUUUUCAUCUUGCGGCACCAUGAGGUUGACGUUUUUGUUAUUUUGUGAAAUGUCUUAAAAACUUUUGUAUGGAUUGCUCUGGAGUUUUGUACAAAUGUCAAUUUCCCCCCUCAGGAUAAAUUGUAAACACAUUCCCAUCAGUCCCAGUCUUCUAUGUGGCUAAUUAUCA